GGUGUCAACUUGAAGUCAACUUACCGUACCAUUUAAAAAAACAAAUGUUUAAAAAAGGAUCUCGGAAUUUCAGAAAACCUGAUCAUCAUGACUCUAAUUGUCUUAAAGACACUUUGUUUAACAAUGCAAUGUAAUUAUUUUUAUUUACAUAUUUUAAAUAGCUAUAAUGUGUAUUGCUGCUUGAAUUAAGUACUUUAUAACACCACCUUGUAAUAUUAAUAAAACAAUAAUAAAAAAUAAACCGGAAGAAAAGUGGUAAGUUAAAAAAAAAGAAAAAGAAAACAGGAAGGAACGCGCGACAUCACGGACACUUCAUUGCCCAUGAGGCCUUUGGGCAUUCGAUGUUGCUACGUCAUUGUUUUCCUCCCUCACGCGGUGGAUCAGUUGGACGGGCUGGCGGAGCUGAAACUGGGAACAUGGCAGACGAGGAGGAUUCGGCGCCGGAUCCCGCCGCUGUCUCUCCCCCAGAGAGCCCUCACGCUGAGCAGCCUCACUUUGUUUCUUUCUCGGAGAGCUUCCAGCCGGCUGUCGGGAUGAUGAGCCAACUGCUAACCCAGCCCUCCUCCCUGAAGUUUGACAAGAACAUAAAACAGGCCUUCUACAACACCGGGGCGAUGAUAUUUGUGGCUAUCUGCUGCGGGGCAGCUGUCCUGGUCUAUUUCAUCCUCGAGGCCUUCCUCCGCCCGCUGCUCUGGGCUGUGCUCUGCGGCACCUUCCUCCACCCCUUCAAAUACUCCCUGGCUCGUCUCGGCCGCUCAUGGCUCAGCGGCCUGCAGGACAGCGGGACGCCCAUAGUGGUGGGGACGCUGCUGGUCCCGGUGUGGUGUCUCAACUACGGGGUGGAGGCGAUGGGUAGGCUAGUUCUGGAGAAGCUCACGAUACUCCUGGUUAUCGGGGCGGGGGCACCGCUGGUUUACUUCCUCUACCUUUUCUGGAGUGUCAUCGGUAUGCAGGUGAUCCUCGGGCACGUCUGUGGGGUCAUCGGGAACGCGCUGGACUGUUUCCACUUUAUGUGGGUGGGGACUGUCGUGUUUGGAUACUUGCUGGCGGUUUGUUUUAAGUGGAGUCCUCAAACUGAGCGGUACCUGAGGACUCUGGCACUUCCUGUCUGGGCUGUCCUGCUCUUCUACAUCGUGUCUCUGACUGGCUCAUGGAGAGUCCCCAUAUUUGUGGUUGUGGUUGGGCUUCUCAUCGUGGGCUACCAAGAGAAACCACCUGUCCCUGGCACAGGUGAGCUUUCAGGGCAGGUGCUGUCAUUUGCUGCUAACACUAUUUACAUGGCAAUCUCCUGUAGCAACCUUCAACCCAAAACCGAACUCAGUGGAAGCUCCUCCACAGAUGGUGUGCAGUCUGUGGGUCCCGUGCCUUCCACUCCUGGGUUUCCCGGGUUCGCUGGGAGCUCUCGUACAUUGCCCGGCCUCUUCCAGAGAGAGAAAAGCUCCCACAGAGCCAGUGAUAUUUACUUUAUUCUGCUGGUCUGGGCUAUUGUCUUGGUGCAGGUCUGGCUCAACCUGUGGAUACUACAACUGCUCCCUAUUCCUGUGGCCGUGUGGGUUCUGAAGAAGCUGGUGGUCCGGUUUGGUAUGAAGAGCUUUGCAGAGAGGACUCUUACCUCGUGGUGGACGGUGCUAGAGAAGUUUGGACGUGAGCGUGAAGAGGCACUGCUCCCUGGACCAAUCAAAGGCCUGGCUCAGUUCCUCCUACGUAUCGACACUAAGCUCUGGCAUUGGCUUAACAAGCAGAUGGUUGUGUGGCUGGAGCGAUCUCUGGAUAAAAUCAUCAGUAUCUUCAUCAUCUUCCUCUUAGUCACAGGGACCCUGCUCAUGGCUCUGCUGCUCACUGCUAUGGUUCAUCACGAAAGUGCUCACAUCAUCGACGUAACCAGUAACCUCAUCAAUGAGACCGUAUCUAACCAUCCAGAAUGGGCCAACCUCCUUCCAGAAGCCCGCGUGGUCCAGAAAGCUCUAAAUUCAGCUGCUACUAAUGUCUACCAGCAUGGGAGAGAAUGGAUAACACAAAAGCUUCAUAAGAUUUUAGGAGAUAAGGUGAACCAAACUGCAGUGAUUGAGAAGCAAGUUCUAGAACUUUGGGACCGACUGUAUCACUCCUGGUUUGUGAAGAAUGUAACCCACUCUGGACGGCAUCGUGGGAAUAAGAUGACUCACAGACAGAACAGCUGGCUGGGGGACAUCCUGGACUGGAAGGACAUUGCUUCCUUUCUGCAGGAAAAUAUCGAGACACUACUGUCUAUCCUGGAGUCUUUGUGGGUUGUAAUGAGCAGGAACGUUGGCCUCCUCAUCUCCACCACGACCACUCUCCUCACCGUCUUGUUCCACAGCGGCACGGCGCUCCUCAACUUUGCACUGAGUUUGGUGAUUUUCCUGACUACUCUCUUCUACCUGCUGAGCUCCAGUGGAGAAUACUACAAACCGGUUAAAUGGGUGAUCAGCUUAACUCCUCUCUCUCAGCCGGGACCCUCCAGUAACAUCAUCGGCCAGUCUGUUGAAGAGGCCAUCAGAGGAGUGUUUGACGCCUCUCUGAAAAUGGCCGGAUUCUACGGCCUCUACACUUGGCUCACUCACACUAUCUUUGGCAUCAACAUCGUCUUCAUUCCUUCUGCUCUGGCUGCCAUCCUGGGUGCCGUGCCGUUCCUGGGGACCUAUUGGGCAGCUGUGCCGGCAGUGUGUGACCUGUGGUUGGCGCAGGGUGAAGGUGUCAAGGCCCUGCUGCUGCUCAUCUGCCACCUGCUCCCAACAUAUUUUGUGGAUACAGCCAUCUACUCUGAUAUAUCAGGAGGUGGACACCCAUAUUUGACAGGCCUGGCGGUGGCAGGUGGUGCGUACUAUCUGGGUCUGGAGGGGGCUAUUAUCGGGCCUAUCCUCCUCUGCAUCCUGGUGGUGGCAGCCAACAUCUACAGCGCUAUGCUGAUGAGCCCCAGCUCUGCAGUGCCCACACCAGUGCAGCCAAACUGGCCUCCCCACCCUAUGAGUAGGACCUUUACGGACGCCACUCCCUCUGUCCUGAAGAAGACCUGUGAAUGAGCACAUGAGGAAACGACAUCCAGCUUCCUAUAGGCUGAUUCCUCAGGGGAAUUGCUCCCCUCCCUGAAGCUCCUCCCUGUGUGGCCUGACUCCAUAGGGACGCCCUGACUGAAAAAGAGGCAUAGCAGCUGGUCACCCAUGAUGCUAUGUGCUUAGCUGAACGGUUUCUCAGAGCGAUAUGGCACCAGCUCCUUUCAUUCAGCAGCACACAAAAACUCCUGUAAGCAUGCACCCUAAUCCCAAACUUGGACCAAUGACAUCACAUUGGGUUUACGAUUGUGUAUGGCGGAGCCAUCGAUGCUAAUCGCAUCAUCGCUCAGAACUCAGUGCCUAAUUUAUUUUGUGAUAUUGAGAAAUGCCUAAAAAUUACUGUGUCGUUUGUGGUGAACUGUAAGAUGAUAUAUUUUAUCUACAAGACCCCUGAUUUCCAGCCUGCACUCCUUGGCUGUAUCUGUGCUACCGUACGUGGUUGUGCAGUAUUUGUACUCCCUACCUCUCUCCUAAUGGAGGCUCAAGUAGAGUUUGUAGUAAAGGCAGGUUUUCUAAAAAAAAACAAAACUUCUUGCCACAGUUGUUGUCUCAUGUGACUCAAGUAACUGAGUAAUUAGACAGGGACCUGUUAUUAUGCUUAUUUCUAGCUACAUAUUCGUAUUGUGAGACUAUAAAUGAGUAUUUCGUUAAAACUGACAUCACACUCUCGAAGCAUUGGCCACUGUAUGUGCAGUGACAUCGCCACAGCUCUGUACCAGUUACACCAGCGCCGAGGGUGCAAGGACUCGCUACAGUAGGUGUCGCUACUCAGACAAAAAGUCCAUGUCAGUGCUGGUAAGAAGUCAAAACCAGAACCAAAGAAAUCAGAAGAUUUCUUUUCUCCCUUUCAACCUGUUGUAACAUCUCCCUCUGUGUAAUCUGUGGCAGCUGCUGCACGAGGUUACAUAAGUUAAGCGGUGUAGCACUGGCCAAAACGACAUCAAAGCUCGGCGUUGUUCACAAGGGCGAGGAACAUAAAUGGACCCUGACACAGCUGCUAAGUUCACCUGCUGUUUGAAGAAGCCCUCUUUCUUCUGAUUGGCUUCCCCUCGCCUGGCUUCCACACAGAAGCCAGUGCUCAUAAACCCCGCCUCCUAAUCACCAUACAAGGAAAUCUGUGCCAAGCUGAUGUCAGGAGUUGGCAAAAUGAUUGCCUCUCAUAAAGAUUAGUUUUAUAUACAUUUACCUCAUUUUUUGAUGCACAUUUAACAUGAUCACUGUAAUUGGAUAGUAGUAUAAACACUAUGAUACACGACCGAUAGAAAAUAAGGAUAGGUCCCAUUUAACCGUUUUUAUUUUUACUCUUUAGUUACUGUGUUAUUCACGAUUCCGUGAUCGUAGCUGUGACAUUCUCAGCUUUGACAACGGUGUUCACUCCUGCUUUACUGAACCAAGCUUUGUUACCACUGUUUGUCUUUUUUUGUUUGUACGAUUCAGUUAUUAUUAAUAAUAAAAAUAAUCUAUUUUUAUUGGCUACGGGUUUAGACUGAUGAUGAUGACUACUUCUAAUGGAUCAGAUUACACGUCUUACAAUCAGAUUUUAGUCUGGUUCCAUUAUCAGAGGAUGUUUUUUAUUUUAUUUUAUUUUGAAUGUAUUUAAAGAUACACAUAUGUGUGAAACCAAGUUUUUAAUUCCUUACAUUCUCUGCUGAUCUCUCACCUUUGCACUCAGAAAAUCUUGAUUGAGUGAUUUUGUGAAGCACUUUCAAGUUUUUUUUGUUUCCUUUUAAGUUUUUUUUAGGGCUGCGACUGUUGUCCCGGUCACAAGAUUUCAUUGACAGUUUAGACUUCACACACCUCAAAUCCUAUUUUAACCUCUUUUGCUCUUGCACUUCGUGCGCCACACUGUAACUCGAGUCAGAGCACUUGUCUGAGAGGAGAGUGUAAAGCAGGUUGCGGUCACUUGAAGCUUUAAUAAAGAAGCAGAUGACUCGUAUGCAAUGUGACUGAUCAGACAUGGCUACCAUGUUAGCUGUCUGAGAGUGGGACAGUGUGAUGUGCUAUGAGUUUCAACCCAAUACUGUAGUUUUCCUUUUGUACUGAUGCUGUGGUUUUGUUUUUUUAUUAAUACUGGACAUGCACUGAUACAAUAAACAUGAUCUAAACUGCA